AGUUAAAGCAUGAAUAGUUUAAAUAUACCAACUGAUUUUGGCCCGGAUUCUGGUGGACGCGUUAAAGGACUGACAAUUGUCAAACCAAUUGUUUACGGCAACAUAGCGCGCUCCUUUGGCAAGAAGCGUGAGGAUGAUGGCCAUACACAUCAGUGGAAAGUGUAUGUUAAGCCGUAUUACAAUGAAGACAUGAGUGUUUAUGUAAAAAAAGUGCAUUUUAAAUUACAUGAAAGUUAUUCAAAUCCCAAUCGCAUUGUCACAAAAUAUCCUUACGAAAUCACAGAAACCGGUUGGGGAGAAUUUGAGGUUGUAAUCAAAAUAUAUUUUCAUGAUCCAACUGAGCGUCCAGUUACUUGUUAUCAUAUACUCAAACUUUUUCAAUCACCAUCGACCGGAAAUGAUUUUCCAACAACCAUUUUGGAUCCGAAAAAAGGUUUAGUAUCAGAAUGCUAUGAAGAGAUUGUAUUUCAAGAGCCAACCCAAUUAAUGCAGCAUUUACUUAUGAAUGUACAACCAAUAACCAGUGGCCAAUAUGUGCAUGACACAGAUUUUGAAAAGAAGAAAGAGCAGACAUAUGAAAACACAAUGAAAGUUAAAAUUAAGGUUAAAAACGAAAUAAGCAGUCUAAAGGAUAAAUUGAAACUGGCACGUGAAACUAUAGCUAAAUUUAAGUCUGAGCUAGCAAAAGUACAGAAACCAAGUACUACAUAAAGCA